AGGGUUAGGGAUUUCUUCUCUUCACGUUUCUCCUUAAUUCCCCUCUUCCUCGAUCAAGGUCAUCUUUUUUGGGGUGAUGUCGAAAGUUUUUAUAGCAAUGGAGGAUAGGGAGAGGGGGAAAGAAGGAGCAACGGGGGAGGGAAGAAGAGAUGGGGUUUUGGAGAAAGAGAAUGAAUUGAAUAAUGUAUCGACGUCGCCGACUGACUUGAUUGAAGGAAUUGUUAGUGUGAUUGAAUCCAUUGCUCAGCUCGGAGAUUAUCGGAAAACACAGAAAAAAGAAUGCCUCGGACUCGCCAGGCGUAUGAAGCUUCUCUUGCCCUUUUUGGAGGAGAUUCGCGACAUGGGUUCACCGAUUCCUGAGCAGUGCACUGCUUGUUUGUGUAAUUUGAAGAAAGCACUGGUAAUGGCUAGGAAUUUGUUGAAAACAUGCAACGAGGGAAGCAAGAUUUUUCUGGCAUUAGAAAGUGAGGCAAUUAUGAUUAGAUUUCACUCCGUUUAUGAAAAGUUAAGCCACUCCUUGGAUAGUUUGCCUUGUGCUGAACUAGGGAUCUCAGAUGAAGUGAAAGAACAGGUGGAGCUAUUUCAGUCACAAUUGAGGCGAGCAAAGAGGAGAACAGACACACAGGAUAUGGAACUUGCAGUAGAUAUGAUGGUGAUUUUCUCCAAAACAGAUGAACGAAGUGCUGAUGGUGCCAUAAUCAAAAGGGUAGCAGAAAAGCUCGAUCUCCAUACUGUUGAGGACCUGAAGAUCGAGACUAUAGCUGUAAGGAAUCUUGUUAGAGAAAGAGCAGGACAGAGUUCAGAGACUACACAGCAAAUCAUAGAUGUUCUGAACAAGUGUAAGCAGAUUUUGGGCAUGGAAGUGACAAAUGUCCUUGAUGAUCCUGUUCAACCUAAGAUGCUGCAAAAAUGUCAGUCUUUAAUCAUCCCACAUGAAUUCCUCUGCCCAAUCACACUAGAAAUCAUGACAGAUCCUGUUAUCGUCGCAAGUGGACAGACAUAUGAAAGAGAAAGCAUACAGAAAUGGUUUGAGUCUGGCCAUCGGACCUGCCCAAAAACCAGGCAAACUCUGUCUCACUUAUCAAUGGCACCAAAUUAUGCCCUCAAGAACCUUAUCUUGCAAUGGUGUGAUAAGAACAACUUUAAAGUUCCCACCAAAGAGGAAGCUGCAUCAUUAGAAAGCAACUCGGCAGAACAAAAGGAGGUUAUCUUAGCUUUGGUCGAAGAACUAUCUUCUACUCAGUUAGAAAUGCAGAGAAAGGCUGUGAAGGAUAUUCGAAUGCUCUCCAAAGAGAAUCCAGAGAAUAGAGUUUUGAUUGCCAAUUGUGGAGGAAUACCACCAUUAGUCCAACUAUUAUCUUAUCCAGAUUUUAAAAUUCAAGAAAACGCUGUGACAGCACUAUUGAACCUAUCAAUUGAUGAGUCUAACAAGAAACUAAUAGCUACUGCUGAGGCAAUACCGCCAAUAAUAGAAGUUUUGCAGCAUGGGAGCAAUGAGGCAAGAGAGAACUCUGCUGCAGCAUUGUUCAGCUUAUCAAUGAUCGAUGAAAACAAAGUUACAAUAGGGUUAUCAAGUGGGAUUCCUCCAUUGGUGGAAUUGUUGAAGAAUGGUACAAUCAGAGGGAAAAAAGAUGCUCUCACUGCAUUGUUCAACUUAUCUCUUAACCAAGCAAACAAGGCAAGGGCUAUUGAUGCUGACAUUGUCCCCCUUCUUCUCCUACUGAUUGAGGACAAAAACUUGGGCAUGGUUGAUGAGGUCCUCUCCAUAUUCUUACUCCUUGUAUUACAUCCAGAGGGACGCCAUGAAAUUGGACGGCUCUCCUUCGUCAAAACUCUCGUUGAACUCAUAGGUGAAGGGACUCCAAAGAACAAGGAGUGUGCUUGCUCAGUUCUUGUUGAACUUUGUUCAAACAAUUCAUCCCACUUACUUGCAGCCCUUCAGUAUGGGGUAUAUGAGCACAUAGUAGAGAUGUCACAAAGCGGAACCAAUAGAGCUCAGAGGAAAGCAAAUGCCCUUCUACAACUUAUAAGCAAGUCCGAGCAUAUAUAAUUCCAACACUUGGAGAUAUCACUGCUCAUUCUCUUCUUCCUUUACAUUUUUGUGGUCAAAUCUCUUCCUUGAUGUUGAAUACCCAUAGACUAGGGUCGUAAUAGUAAUUCAACAUUUAGUUUGGAAGUCCUUUAACCCAGAUCAAAUAUUUGGUAAUUUUUUUCAUUCUUUGUAUGCUAUCAUUGAGUUGC